AUGGCGUCGCUAAUCCCGUUCAGUCAAGUACGACAGAAUACCGUCAACUUUUUUAUGAGAAAACCUGCUCGAGAGCUGUGGAAGACUGUUACAUCACUUUCGCCAGCUGGUAUUAAAAAAGGACGAGCCAAAACUCGACAAAGUGUUUUAAACCUUCAAAAGUUUUACCGUAUUGGUGCGGGUCCUAUAAAAGUAAAAUAUCCUGGUCUGAAUUCGCCUUUAACUAUGCCAAACGAUGAGCCAAUGACGGUGAUGGAGAAAACAACGGAAGAGGUUGAUGCUGUCGAAGAACGUCUGAAAAAUAUCAUAGCCACUCGACCUUCGAAAAAAAGAGUAAAAGAAAAAUUACAUCCGUUGGAACGUGGUUUUGUUGGCACUCGAGUUGAAGGUCAAAAAUUGGGUCCACCACCCCCUGUUGGUGAUAUUUGUUUUGAUGACUUUCAAAGCUAUUGCCUUCAGCUUCGUAGAACCACGAAUAUGACAUCGUACGGUCGACAACACACGAUGUCAGCUUUAAUUAUCACGGGUAAUGGGAAUGGUCUUGGUGGUUAUGCAAUCGGUAAAGCUGGUCUGAAACAUCAUAUUCGUGCUAUUGUGAAUGGUAUGAAAAUGGCAUCAAGAAAACUGGUAUACGUGGAGCUCUUAGAGAACCGUACAAUUUAUCAAGAUUUCUAUGCCGAAUGUCGUGGUACCCGUAUUUUUGCUCAGAGAAGACCAAAAGAUUUUGGUGUAGUCGCUCAUCCGAGACUUGUGAAAAUUUGUGAGGUACUUGGUAUUAAAGAUCUGGAAUGUAAGGUGAUAGGUUCUACUAGAAAUUAUAUCGCACUUACGCACGCUUUCUUUAUAGGCCUUUUAAAUCAAGAAACUCAUCUACAGCUCGCAGAACGCAAAAAGUUGCAUGUUGUUGAACUUUCUCCACAUAGGAGAUAUUUUCCUGUCAAAGUUGCGUCUCCUUUGCAAUUAGAAUUGAGAACAGAACGAGAUAUUGAACCUAAAGAAAAAUUAUUAUUAAAUGAUUUUUAUGGCGAAGGACGUUUGCCGCUAAUCAAAAAGCAGGUCCCGUUCUAUGCAAAUCUCUCUAAUCAUCUUGCUGCCGAGGCGCUCAAACAUCGCUUCAGAAAUAGGGAUAAAAGCAUGAUACGGUUGAUGGCUGAUGAUGUUGUGCCGCGCUGGACUCGUGAUGAACGCCGGAAGUGGGCUAAACAAAAAUACCAGGAUAUGAUAAAUGGAUUGGUUCCGUUGCCGAGAGGAAUUGGCUUGUCGGAAAUUCUGCCUAAGUCUGAGGAAAGAUAA